CCAAACACACACUAUUUUCAAAACAAAUUUAAAACAUCCAAACAAUUCUCAAAAUAAAUCCAUUAUCGGAGUAAAAAUCCAAAUGGUGCGGAAGCUUAUGUUAUUUAAAACAACACAAAUUUGGACUCAUGCUCAAAAAACACAAUAAGUUUAUUCAGAAAUAGAAAUUAAUUGGCCCACAUCAAAGAAUUAAUCCAGUAUAGCCUUAAAGGGAUGGAGGCGGUGGAAUGGGAAGUAGCCAACUCGCCUGAAUAUUUGGAUCAUUUGGCCUGGUACAAUGACGACAGAGAAUUAUCGGAAGAACCCCAAGAAGCUAGACUUUUGAGAAUGCACGCCCCAAGUUACAACAUCCCAUCUAGAAAGAUAGAUUGUACAAGAGGGAAUACAAACAGGGGCAUCUCCAAGAAGAAGCUCAUGCUCGAUCUCAACCUCAAGCUCAAGCGCGGCAAGAUCGCCGCCGCCAGAAGAGCCGUCAUCCACCACCUCACCUCCUCCGCCGCCACCGUCUCUCCCGCCUCCGGCGUUGACUUCCCCGACGACCCUUCCGACGCCUUCGAGUUCAGCUGCGACAACAGCCCCGCCCACCACCGCCCCCCUCACUCCCCCAACUCCAACUACUUCAUGAGCAUUGUCGUCAAGAAGCUCGCUAAGCACCUCCGCCGCGAGGCGGAGGCGCCUCCCGCCGUGGAGGAGGAGGAGGCCGCGGAGGCGACCGCGUCUCCUGCCCUGCCGGGGUUCGGGAGGACUCCGGUGGUCAGGCAGCUGAGGGUGACGGACUCGCCGUUCCAGUCGAGAGACGGCGACGAGUUUUACGGCGACGCCUGCCACGUGGACGAAGCCGCCGAGUUGUUCAUUCGGGAGUUCUACGAGAAUCUGAGGCGGCAGAGUUCUGAGUAAAUUAAUUCAGGUUUCGGGUUAGGAGCAAGAAAUAAGAUUGUCGGGUCGGGUCGGGCAGGAUCCAUGGAUUGGACCGGGUCAAUAUAUUUCAGGUCUGAGGAGAAGAUAGAUAGACGGGUCAGAUCAUUGGACCGCAUGUGCAUGCGAUCUGUGGUUUGUGGCGUGUUUGGAAAGCCGCACAUUGAUUUUACUUUCUUUUAGGUCCUGCUAGAGCUUUUUAUUUGCAUUUUCUCGAAGUUUCAUUAUGUAUGUAGAAGUGUAGAAGGUAAAAAAAAUAGGGGUGAAAUG